UUUUAUUUUAAAAGACAGAAAAUCACUUUAUUGUUUAUAAACUUAAGUACAAAUUUAAAUAAAUUUCUUUUUAUCCGAAAAAUAUAUUCAAAAAUGUAUUUAAAUCUAAAAGAUGUAAGCAGUUGCGGUAUUUUUUAGCCACGGUGUGACCAUAUCUAAUACCAAAAAGACACCGUUCGCGGCAAAUGUACUAAAAAAUACAAUUUGAGCUUCCUUUUCUUUUCGUCCGUAGAACCACAUGUCUGGUAACCGAGAUUUUGAUUUUCUUUUCGCCGGAUAAUGCUCCUCCCAAUUGAUUAGUUUCGAUCGAGUCACGAUAAUCAAGUGCACGGCCACAAGUACGAGUGAAAGCAGACCGCGAUUGUGAGGAAAUCCGCCAAGUUCGGGAAAUAUAUUCGUAACCAAAACGUUCUGCCCCACAGCAGCGCGUGAGUGAGUGCGAUAGAGAGAGAGAGAGAGCGAGCGCAACGGAACAACACGGUCGUGCGAGCGAGAGCGAGCUAGCGGACGAGAGUGCGAAGUGUGUGUGCAAGAAAACCCGCAAAAGCAAAAGCAACACCAAAAGCAACAAUAACAACACAACACCUACCGUACACACACACACACCCUACGUCCCAAAGUGCGUAGUGAAUUAAAAGUACGUGUGUGGAGCGUGUGGAAUUUGUUUAUCAAAUCGGCAUAGUUUCCGUUUUGAUUUCUGAUUGGAAACUUCGCACCUCCGCAUCCCCGUUGAGCAGGCCCGGAAGCAGCCAAGAGUUUCCCAGACCCAGCCCAGACGAGGAGCAUCCGCCGCAGAAGAAGGAGGCCGGAGCAGCAGCAGCAGCUGGAGAAGAUCUGCUGCCUACUCUGGGAUAGGAGACCGAGACGAAAAGAGGCCGAGAAGGAGUAAGAACCACCGAGGAGCAUGUCCAGCAAGGAGGAGACAACUCCCACCACGGGAGCCGCUGCUCCUGCGAGCUCCGGUGCAGCCACCACUUCGUACGCCAAUGUUGUCCAGAAUCUGGACACCAAGAAGGGUGCAGGCACUGCAGCCGUCGCCAAUCCCAGCACCACCGCCUCCGCCGUGGACAACAAAGAGAAUCAGCCCAAUCUGAAGAGUUUCAAGUCGUGGAGCGAGGAAACUGCUGCCGCCGAAGCUGCCGGAGAAUCGCUGGUAACCGGAAUCGGAAGCGUUGGAACCGCCACGCUGGCGGGGGAGAAGCGUGCCGCGGCCUCGGGCGGCGACAACACCGCCGAGAACUCAUCGGAACUGGACGAUAACAAUGACUUUGUGCCGGUGGUGUCGCACCAUCGACGGGAUCGCAAAAAGGCUCGCAAGGAGAAGCCGAGAGAUCAACAGCCGGCUGGUGGCCCUGGUCAGAAAUCGCAGCAGCAGUCGUCGGGACGACGAGGAGGACAAGGACAAGGACAAGGACCCCCCACUGAUUUAGCACCGGGAGAGCGCAAGCAGACAGUCCGGCCAAGGGCCUCUCGCAACGGCAGUCCCCGGAAACUGCCUGGAGCAGGUCAGGGAUCUGCAGCCAAUCCCACGACUGCCGGUGGCCAGAAAGUACACAAGGAUCGGAAGGAUACCUCGCCCAGUGCCAGCAUUGAGGCGGGAGGCAGCAGCGGCAACGAGGCCAAGUCCGGAGACGGCGGAGACCAGCCGGGGGCGGGCGAUAAGGCGGCAGGAGGUGCCGGAGCAGCAGCCCCGCCCCCAAAGCGAUUCAUUGCCGCCCCACCGCCCAAAGUCAAUGCCUGGAAGAUAUCAGCUAAACAAUCUGGGAGCCCCAAGGCAGGAACCUCUCCAUUGGACAAACGUGUUUUGCAGCCAAAGGCACAGCAGCCACAACAACAGCCCAAGCAGACAGCAGCCACUGCCACUGCCACCACCAGCAACAGCAACAACAACGCACAGAAUACCGCCAGCAAUCCCAGCAACAAAAAGACAACACAACAGCAACCUCAACAAGGGGGAGCAGCAGCAGCAACAAACACACAGACACAGGCACAGGCUCAGACCACAGUAGCGGCAGCAGCCCCAGCUUCAACAUCCACAGCAGCAGCAAGUGCAUCAGUAGCUGCCACAGCAGCCGCAUCCGCCACACCAGCAACCGAGGCAGCAACAACUACUGUUGACGCCAGCCAGUCGGAUGCACUCGCCAAAGUCGUGGUAAAGGACAAAAAGAAGGUCAACCAUAAGGCCAGCGACUUUAGCAACGUUGGUGACUGGCCCACGCUUGUUGGCGGAAUUUCUGGAAGUGGCAAAGCCACCAGCAACGAACCCAAACGCAAUCCAACGAAAAAACACCAGCCAGCCAAAGCAGCAUCGGCAGCAGGAGUCACUUCAAGUGAAGUUACCACAGAGUCUAGUGUAGCAGCAGUAGCAGCCACAAGCAGCAGCAGCAGCAACGCCGCAAACUCCAACACAGCCACUAGCAGCAAUAGCAAUAGCCAAGCGAACGCAACUGCCGCCAACGCACCUGUUGCCAGCACGAGUCAUGAUGCCAAAGCCCAGCGAGACGCUGAGCCAGCAGGUGCCGCAACCAGUGCUGCUCCAGCUUCAGCUCCAGCUCCAGCAGCUUCUGGAGCCACUGCCGUGCCUGCCUUCACCAAGAAAAUGCCCAAGCUCAAGUGGCGUCCGCUCCAAAUCGAUCUGGCCAAGUCCAGUCGCCCCAAGCCGAUCGGUGGCCGGCCCAAUCGCCGGCUCAGCGAUGAUCCAGCCGACCAACGCCGUCCGCAGCGCUCCUACCACGACCGCCAUUCAGCUGCUGGCCGUGGAGGAGCAGCUGGUGGCGAUGCGGGCGCAGCGGGAGAAGGAGCACGGCAACCGCACACUGGCCGGCAUCCGUACACCAAUCGGUCAGCGGCUGCUCCGUCCGAGCGCGUGGAUUCCUGGCGUAGCAGCGGCAGCACCGCAACAACAGCGGUCGAUGACCAGCGCUCUGGAUCAGCAACGGGUGGUGCCGGGUCAGCAGCAGGAGCAGCAACUACGGGCCGGGGGCAACGCCGGUUCCGUACGCCGUACAGGGGCGGGCGGCAAGGGCGGGGCGGAUUCUCCCGACAGGGACCAGGUCGUCCGACUCAUCGCAUACCACGCCAUCUGCUAGCUUCGGGCGAGUAUGCCAACUAUCUGCCGGCGGAUGCCGCCGGUGCCGACGCCUCGCAGUCGUCCUUUGUCCUCAUGGGCACCCACUACUUCGGCAAUGUGCCCGCCGCCGCCUACAUCGAAAUGGACGCCAACAGCGUCAAGGAGGCUAUCAAGAAGCAAGUUGAAUACUAUUUCAGUGCCGAUAACCUUGCCGGCGACUUCUUCUUGCGCCGCAAAAUGGACCCCGAGGGCUACAUCCCGGUCACUCUGAUCGCAUCCUUCCAUCGCGUCCUCGCCCUGACCACCGACGUGGCUCUGAUUGUGAACGCGAUCAAGGAAUCGGAUAAACUGGAGCUCUUCGAGGGCUACAAGGUGCGGACCAAGACGACGCCCACCGUCUGGCCCAUCAGCGAUGUGCCAGAGGCUCAGGGCGCCGAUCCGACUGCCCCUGAAGCUGGAUUGGAGCAGGAGCCGGCAGCAACGGAGCAGGAACCGAAGGAGAAAGAGGAGGAGCAGACUGAGGCAGCCGAUGGUGGUUCGCCGCCGCCUAUUCUUACGUCGGUGAUGGCGACAAAGCCGCUGAGCAGCAUUCCGCCACCGCCGGUGCCGCGAAACUCUCAGAAUCUGGUGCCCAAGAUGCUGCAGGAGAAGCAGCAGCGAUCCAUUGCAGCGCUGAACUCGGUGAACGCCAUCAGCUCGCUGACCCAGCACGUGGAGGGAGUUGGUGCCGCCGAGCUGGCGGGCCAUUUGAGUGGUCUGGCGGAGAGUGUCAAGCCGAAGUCCGCAUCCACGCCGGACAAGAGGGCUGCUGCUGGGAAGGGGGGAGCUAUUGGAGGAGUGACAGCUGGGGCAGCUGCUUUGGUGGCGGAGCCGGAGGGCAUAUGGAAAGAGGUAAAGAGACGCUCCAAAACAUCAAAUGCUAUCAAAGAAAACGCUACUAAAUCAGCCAACACGUCAACACCACCACAACCACAACAACAACAGCCACAACCGCUUUCACAAACGCUCAACAACAACAACAACAACAAUAAUAAUAAUAACAAAAAUAAUAAUGUCAAAACGAACAAUACCACCUCGUCCACGUCCACGUCCAAGUCCUCGUCCUCGUCCGCAUCCAACAACGCCUCAUCAUCAGCCUCUGUGUGUGCUUCCUCCGCCUCCGCCUCAGCUACCGCCACCACUGCUACCAAAACCACAAAGACCACCACCGUCACCACCACCAACACCACAAUCUCCUCAACCACAGCCACAGCCACCAAAACCACAACCACCACGAACAACAUUAAGAAAUCAUCAACUGGCAAUGCUGCUUACUCCAAUACCCACUCCAAAUCCUCAUCCAAAACAGCUGCUCCGCCAUCCGCUCAGUGCCAUGCCGAAAAGGAAGAACUAGACUUCCAGUUUGACGAGGAGCUGAUGGACCCCCUGCCUGGAACCGGACGCAUCAACAACUUCACCGAGAACUUCUCCGACGACGACGAGUCUGAUUACGAAUUUGCCGACCGUGAUAUCAAUAAGCUGCUGAUUGUCGCCCAGGUGGGACGGGCUCCCAAACACGAGGGCUACGAUCGCACCGCUGACUUUACAUCCCGGACGAAAAUUACCCAAGAUCUGGAGACUAUCAUCAACGACGGACUGGCUAACUACGAGGAGGAUCUCUGGACAACCACCAAUGUGGUGCCCGACUACAAAACCGUUAAUGUUAUAUCCCAGGCUGAUUUCGAGAAGCUGGCCGGUGGACGCGGCCGGUCUCUGCUGCAGCAGCAACAGGUUCCGCCGCCGCCACCCAUAUACCUGGAGCAGGAUGCCGACGCCGAUGACACUCUGGUGGGCGACACAACCCUAAACUCUACAUUGAACUCCACCCUAAAGUCGCGACGUGCUCGGUUCUAUGCUGCGCCCAACUCCCAAUCGAUCGAUCCCCGAACCCCGCGCAAGAGGAAACUCCGCCACACGGCCAAUCCCCCAGUGGAGGCGCACGUGGGCUGGCUGCUCGACACUGUGGAGCACCGACCGCGCACCACCUCAAUGGGAUCAUCGGCUGGCACCUCGCCUACCACCUCCUCCUAUGGAUCGUAUGGUUCGUCGGUGCCGCAGUCGCUGCCCGUGUUCCAGCAUCCAUCCCAUGCCCUACUCAAGGAGAACAACUUCACCCAGCAGGCGUAUCACAAGUACCAUUCGCGCUGCCUGAAGGAGCGCCGCCGUCUCGGCUACGGUCAGUCGCAGGAGAUGAACACCCUCUACCGGUUCUGGUCGUUCUUCCUGCGCGAGAACUUCAACAAGAGCAUGUACAACGAGUUCCGUACACUGGCACUGGAGGAUGCCGGUAAUGGUUUCCGGUAUGGACUGGAGUGCCUCUUCCGGUUCUUCUCGUACGGACUCGAGAAGAAGUUCAGACCGAAUAUCUAUCAGGAUUUCCAGGACGAGACAGUUGCCGACUUUGAAACAGGUCAACUGUACGGCCUCGAGAAGUUCUGGGCCUUCCUGAAGUAUUACAAGAACGGCGAGAAACUGGAGGUGCAGCCGAAGCUGGCCGAGUACCUCAAGAGCUUCAAGAACAUUGAGGACUUCCGCGUGGUGGAGCCGGAGAUCAACGAGAUGUUGCAGGGAGUGGGCAGCCUGAAUCCGGGCCGUCAGCUCAACAGGCACCGCAGCGUGUCCGAGAGCGAUGGCACGGCCGUGAUUACGGGAGGAGGUCGCCGCCUAAACACCACCAUUACGAAUCGUAGUGACUAUGUGGGCAGGCUGCUCCAGCAACAGCACCAGCAGCAGCAGCAACAGCAGCAGCAGCAACAUCAGCAGCAUCAGCAACAGCACCAGCAGGGAUAUGGUGGCUACAAUCAGCAGCAGAACCGUCGGCGCACCGGCUCCUUCGGGAGCAGCACAGUGCGCAUUCGCAGCGGAUCGCUGGGUAACAAGCCACAGGUCGUCAACCGCAAUCAGGGAUCGCAACACGAGCUGCGACAGCAUCAUAAGAGACAACAGCACCAGCAACAACAGCAGCAACACCAGAAAUCAAAGCCUGGCACAGGACCACAAACGAAUCCUGUCCGGGCCAGCACAUCAGCAGCAGCAGCGGCAGCAACACCUGCAGCAGCAGCAUCGACAACAGCAGUUGCGGCAGCAACACCAGCGGUGGUAGCGACAUCGGGCUCCUCGUCGUCGAAGAAGUAGAAAAACACGUCACACGUGCAGAGACACUUUUUGGAUUAGGCAUAAGUUAAUAUCUACGACUUACGACUUAGUUUUUGGGGGAGGACUUAUAUAUACGACUCCCCGCUCUUUUGUUUAUUCAUUCUUAUUAUUAUUUUGUAGUAUUUUGAGUCAAGCGUAAAGUGGGAAAAGUCGUUAGCGUUUAGCAUAAUUAAGUGAAAAUUUUUGAAAUUUGUUUAUUGCAAUUUGCUUAGCGCGUUGGUUUAGUAGUUAUGAUUCUAAUUGUUUGUUUCUCGCAUCCGCUCGACUAAACUACACUACACUACCCUUAACUAAAACUAAAACUAAACUAAAUUAGAAAUCGAAAAAAAUGGUUGCUUACGAAAUGCUCAAUGUUUGUUAAAACUUAUAAAACAUCAAGAAGAACAUACAGCGGGGUCUGUCUGCUUUGUACCAGUGCCAACCAGCCAUGAUCUUGGAAAAGUUAACAAUUAUUCCUUAUACAUUUUUUUCUGUUGAUUAUUAUUCUCCUAUAAUUUUUAAAAACGAAAGGCAAAUUUUCCUAAUUAGAGAGAGAGCAGCGUUGAUAGUUGACGUAAUGCAAUGAACUGUUGUACUAUACUAUUAAAGUUAAUAACGAUAAAGAUAUAACGAUACACCUAUACAAUUACUUACCUAACGAAAACUGAAUAGAAAUCAAACGAAAUUGAUACACACGACAAACAACAAACCAAAUGAUCUUAAUUCAAAUAAAUUUUGUAAAUUAAAACUGAAUACAUAUAUGCAUGUAUGAUAUAUAUAAUAUAUAUAUUUAUAUUUAUAUUUAUAGUGUAUGUAUGCCACAGUGAAGCCACAAUUUGCAUAUAUAUAUAAAUAUGAUUAUUUUUAUGAUUAUUAUUUGUGUCUGACCUGAGCGCAGUUAUAUAAUUAAAUAUAAUGUAAGUGCUUAGGAGGCAGCCAGAACUUGUAAUCCUAACACCCAAUUGAGGCAUGCGGGGCUCAAGUGCCAGCGAAUUUUAGUUAUUUAAGCCAUUAAACAGAGCAGUCGGAAACAUAUAGCUUGCUAUCGAUCCGAUUCGAUCGAAUUGGUCCACCCCCCACCAGCCAUCCUCAAAACUUCGUACCCCGCCAAGCAUUUAGAAGCAUGUCAAAAACCAUUUAUAUUUUAUUAUUAGUUUUUGCACUUGUUACUUUUUAAUUCGAGAAAUCUACGACUAUAAACAAAAAAAACAAAAAACCAAGAAAACCAUACAAAAAAAAUUUUAAAAUCAAACGAAAAAAAAAUUGUCAAGUCCAAAAAAAGUUUAAAACUUUAUAAAAACGGCAAAUCAUGCAAACGAAAAAAAAAAAAGAAAUCAUUAAGAUAUUGUUUCGCAUAGUGAAUAAAUCUAAAUUUAAACAUAUGUGAGAAAUCAAAUCUAAGCUUAAUAUGGAUAAUAACUAUAUAUAUAUACAAAUUAUAUGUUUUAAUUCCCGAUUUAAAAUAAAAAAAAAAUAAAAAUUAG